AUGCCUGCAUUGAAGUCUUUGUUGAGCGUGCUGGCGCUGGCCAGUACCGCGGCCUCGUGUGCCCACCACGGUGAUAGCGAGGUUGUGCCCGAGCACGAGCGCGAGGAAUUGCUGAAGAAAUGGGACCAGGAGUGGUCUUUCUCCGGCAUCGCCAGCUUCGCCCAUCUCCGCCCAGUAAAGUGCCUCAUCGAGCCCUCGGAGAACUACGACAUCGCAGUCAUCGGCGCGCCCUUUGACACAGCCGUAAGUUACCGACCAGGUGCUCGGUUCGGUCCCCGCGCCAUUCGCGCAGCAAGCGCACGCCAGAUGUCCGGUACGAGCUACAACACUCGCGCGGGUAUCAACCCGUACCAGUCGUGGGCAAAGAUCACCGACUGUGGCGAUAUUCCGAUUACGCCGUUCGACAACGGACUCGCCGAGCGCCAGAUGUACGAAGCGUUCUUGGAGCUCGGAUCCCGCAAGGUCGUGAACGAGGCCCCGAAUGGCAAGGGGAACAUUGGCUCUGGUCACCCCAAGCUGGUGACGCUGGGUGGCGACCACAGUGUCGCCUUGCCGGCUCUGCGUGCUUUGCAUAAGAUCUACCAGAAGCCAAUUACAGUGCUGCACUUCGAUGCGCACCUUGAUACCUGGAAUCCGGUGCGUUACAGUGCAUACUGGCAGUCUGAGCAGACGCAGUUCAACCAUGGAAGUUUCUUCCACAAGGCUAGCCGGGAGGGAUUGAUUUGUAACUCGACUUCUGCUCAUGCGGGUUUGCGGACAAGAUUGACCGGUGUUGAUGAUGGAGAUUAUACGAAUCCUGGUCCCGAGCAGGGAUUCAUCCGUAUUCACGCAGAUGAUAUUGAUGAGCUUGGUCCUAUGGGCGUUGUGGAGGCUAUCAUGCAGCGCACUGGUCUUGACCCUGAACAGCCGGUUUACCUGUCUGUUGAUAUUGAUGUUCUGGAUCCGUCGACCGCGCCCGGUACCGGUACUCCCGAACCUGGUGGUUGGACUACCCGCGAGUUCAUCCGUAUCCUGCGUGGCUUGGAGAAGCUCAACCUGGUUGGUGCUGAUAUUGUUGAGGUCUCGCCUGCAUAUGAUAACAAGGGUGAGACUACCGCUCUGGCCGCGGCGCAAGUUGCAUUUGAGAUUAUUACUAGCAUGGUCAAGUCUGGUGUUAAGGAAGAAAUCGGUGGUUGGUAUGGACGUCCCGUGGUUGAGGGUUCUGAGGAUAUUGAGGCCGAGUCUGAGGUUGGCAAAGAUGAGCUGUAA